AUGCCAGACCAAAUACCCACCUCGCAAACCGUGGCCUGGAUCGAAAACCCGAGCCCAAGCUGCACCCUCCAGAUCCGCAAAAAUGCAAUCGUGCAAUCCCCGGGCCCCCACGAACUCCUCGUCAAGCUCGAAUGCUCGGGCAUCUGCCACUCCGACGUCAUGAACGUGCUCGGACGCGGGAAAUACACGGAGAUACCCGGCCACGAGGGCGUGGGCACAGUGGUGCAGCUCGGCGCCGGAGCAGCGCAGAGUUUGCUGGGCAAGCGCGUGGGCGUCAAGUGGCUGUGGAGCGCGUGUGGCCAGUGUAGUGUGUGUAAAAAGGGAUUCAUCAAUUAUUGUCCUCGGCAGCGGAAUACGGGGCGGACGGACUUGGGCACGUUGCAGCAGUAUUGCCUCGCGCAUGCGGAUUAUGUGACGGAGAUUCCAGAGGGGGUGAGGAGCGAGGUGGCGGCGCCGCUGCUCUGUGCGGGUUUGAGUCUGGCGGGCGCUGUGUCGAGACUUGCGCCUGAAGUGCAGCCGGGUGAUUCGGUGGUGAUUUUGGGUGCAGGAGGGGGUCUGGGUCAUAUUGGUGUGCAGUAUGCGAGUAUCAAGGGGCUCAAGGUGAUUGCGAUUGAUAGUGGUGCGGAGAAGGAGAAGCUUUGCGAGGAAAUGGGUGCGGUUGCUUUCAUCGACUACGCAAAGCAGGAUGUUGCACAAGCGGUGAGAGAUUUGACAGAGGGCGAGGGCGCGCACGCUGUCAUUUGCGUCGCUGGCAGUGAACGAGCGUAUUCGCAAGCCCCGGAUCUUGUGCGAAAUAGUGGCGUCAUUGUCUGUGUGGGACUACCUCCGGAUAACUUCAUGUUUCCCAUGUGUCCAAAGGUUAUUGCUAACAGAGGCCUUGUUGUUCGUGGCUCCUCCACGGGAACGAAUGAGCAGAUGGAUGAACUGCUUCAGCUAGCUCUGGAGGGAAAAAUUACUCCAAAAGUCGAAGUCUAUGACUUCGCCGAUGCACCAAAGAUCAUUCAGGAGUUGGAGCGGUUCGAGGUGACGGGACGGAAAGUCGUGAGAGCGCCAUGA